UGAGUUUGACUCCAUGGCAACGCAGCUGCCGCCACAGCUACUUCCGGUUGUUUUCAUCUCUUCAGCUGCAGUUAACGAUGAAAAAUGGGAUUAAUGUGACUUUACCUUAAAUAUACCAACUUUACAUUGAUUGCACAAGACGUAUUUAUGGAGAUACAGCACCCCUCAGAACGAAUUCCCUGAGAUGUGAGCCUUGUGACAGUUAAAUGUGUCUUCUCAGGAAGAGACAAUGCACGUGUUAUCUAUCUGGGAGCUUUCCAUCCCUCUCCCUGCAGUGCUGCUGAUUACUGUGAGUCUUUACAUGAUCGUCCUGGGGGUUGGGCUGUGGAUCCGAUACUGCCUCAAGGACCGGUGUUCUCCAGAGUGUGGUGACUGUUGUCCAAACAUUUCCAUAUGUGAUCAGUGCUUUAGAUUUGCACAAAUGUGUGACUAUCACCCGCCAACCAUCCGCUCAUGUCGGGCCGUUUCAUGCCCUUCUUCUUGUGCCAGAUGGGAUUGUGCCUGCACCUGCCAACCUCCAGAGUGUGAGUCCUGCAACUGCCUCCUGCUUCGAGAUCAGGAUCAAGUAGAAGACGAGGAUGGAGAUUCGUUUAAGCCAAAAAGCCUCCUCCGACACUCGGCUCGGGUGUGUCAGGGCCUUAAACCAGGACCUCCAGGACGCUCAACAUGACGGCUCCUCUUUGACUUCUUCUUUUGACCUUUUAAAAAAGACUGUAAUUAACAGAACAGGGUCUGAAGGCUGUAUCAAAGUAUUUUCUGCUAUAAAGUGCUCCAGGGAUGUUUUGUAGGCCAAUCAGGAAGUUAGCAUAGGCACUCCCUUUAAAAUGUUUAUUUUAUAUAUACUAUUAUAAUAAUAUUAUAUACAUUAGUACAACAUAGUACGUAAUAAAAUAGAAUUGUCAAAGGGAGUACAGUGCUGCAAAAUCACAAUUACAGCUUUGUACUCGACCAAGAAAGAAGGGGCUGUUUUUUGCACACUGAUUGCUCACAUAACAGUAAAAGGAAUGGCAGAAUCUCUGUAGACAUAUUUAGAAUCGCCGCCCUAUGUAUGUCAUAUACUCAGUCUCAGUGUUUUUAAAUUGUUACAGGAUGUUAAAACUCAACAGAAAACUAGAAAGAACAUCUUAACCAACUCCAACACUAUGAGAGGCCUUUUGUAUGAUAUCUUUUACUUUUGAUGAAUACAGUACUGCUGACCUGGUUUUGUUGAUCUCUGAUGUUUGCUGGACGUGCCUUUUGUAUUGUAUAUAUUUUGAAUGGUUCAUUAAGUUAAAGCUUUAGGCUGGCGUUAUUCUAUAUUGUGCUCAUUGUCAAAAGAUCUCAUGUGCAGAGCCAAACCAACAAUGUAUUAGUCUGUCUCUCAGUCCGUCCUGACUUCCUGUCUGUGGCUCCCAAACCCAUUGGUUCCUACUGACGACGUAAAUCUUGCUUUUAGUGCAUGUUUGUGGAUGUGAGCAUGCCCCACUGGCUAGCUCACGGCCCGCCGCUCUACACUGCUCUCAUAUGGUGAUUACAGCUGAAACACAGAAGAGUAUCACUAACCCUCCAGGUUGACACUGUUAGCUCUGUCAGCACUGUUGCCGUUGCCAUGUUUAGAGCCGUGCGGAGGCAAUAUAAAUGCUCCCAAUAUCGCAUUUUAGCACCUUUAAAAACACAAAUAUAUAGUUUCAUGUUUAAAAAAGACUCAGUAAUUACCUAAACCAGCUGGUCACUGUAGUAGUUUUUGGCUGGGACCGCCAAGGACCAGCCCUACAAAUGCAAAAAAUCUGUUCAUGUUUAGACGGAAUAACAGAAAGUUUGCGAUUAGGCCACCAUGUUGUUUCCUGUUUG